UUUUCAUUUGAGUUUCUUUUCAAAUAGUUUAAUAAAAAUAAUUAACUUAAUAACUAUUUAACUAAAUAAUGUUUUCGUUGGGUUAUACCGCGUUUGGUGUUGUAAUUUCGGCACUAAUUGGCCUUUAUUUUUAUUUGAGUCGUAAUUUCAAUUACUGGUCAUCUCGUGGUAUAAAAGGUCCCAAACCUAUCGUAUUAUUAGGAAAUGUUUGGGAAUUCUUUUUCCGUACUUUUGCUGAAACAGAGGAAAAAAGGCACAAAAAAUACGGCAAUAUUUAUGGUGUGUAUAUGGGAUCAAAACCACAACUAACAGUAGCCGAUCCAGAAUUGGUGAAGAAUAUUAUGAUCAAAGACUUUCACCUAUUUGUAAAUCGCAGCAAUUUGGGAUCUAUUGAUGAAAUAAUGGACCAAAUGUUGACAAACGUUAAAGAUGAUGAGUGGAAACGAUUGCGAUCUAUUGUUUCUCCGACAUUCAGUACCGGAAAAAUCCGUAAAAUGUAUGCAUUGGUUGAGCACUGCGUUAAAGGUGUGGACAAAAUGCUGGAAAAGGCGGCUAACGGCGAUCAAGAGGUUGACGUGCGAUCACUAAUGGGUAACUACACUAUGGAUGUGAUCGCCAGCUGUGCCUUCGCUACGAAGACAGACACACAUAACGAUCCAAAAAAUCCGUUUAUAAUCAACGCUAAGAAACUGUUUAAUCAAAACAUUUGGAGAUCUUUUAUGUUCUUAACAAUGAAACCAGUGAUGAAAUUCUUCAACAUAUCUAUAUUAGAGCCGACGACUACUGACUUCUUUAAAAAAGCUAUUACUGAAAUUGUGAAUCAAAGAAAGAAAGACAAGAGUGGACGCCAUCACGAUUUUCUCCAACUUAUGCUUAACGCACAGAAAAAUGUAAACGACUUGGAGGACACCGACGACCAACUGAUGGCCGCGGAGGCGCACCACGGGAUGGAUGACAACAGCAAACUCUUGACUAACAAAUCCAAACUAGAAGUGACAGAUCUCGACAUAUUGGCCAACAGUUUUCUCUUUUUAUUGGCCGGAUUUGAAACCACUGGUCAUCUGUUGUCACACAUGAGCUAUUUGUUGGCCAUUAAUCCCGAGUGUCAGAAGAAAUUGGUGGAAGAGGUGGUGGCAAACACUGACGCCAACGGAAACCUGGAUUACGACACUAUAAUCCGAUUGCCGUAUUUGGACGCAUGUAUUAGUGAGACAUUAAGAUUCUAUAGUCCGGCGCCGGCGACCAGUCGUGUGGGAACAGAAGACUAUAAAUUAGGCGAUACCGGAAUAACUGUUGAAAAAGGCAUUGAAAUGAUUAUUCCUAUUCACGCCAUUCAUCACAACCCGGAAUACUAUCCCAAACCCCAUGACUUCAUUCCCGAUCGGUUUUUACCCGAAAAUCGUGAUAAACUCACGCCCUAUACAUACCUGCCGUUCGGCGCCGGACCGAGAAAUUGUGUGGGAAUGAGGUUUGCGUUAAUGGAGGCCAAG